ACAUAUAGCACGACUGUCACAAUCGUUCAUACCGAUCUUUGUCGCUAGAUUGCUUGCGCUGGACUCGCCACUUCGUCCAAGCACUGUAGCAUCCGCUGAGAAUGGACGCCGAUCUGUUUGGCCGUCUACUUGGUCGCGCGACCGCCGAGUUCGUAGAGAUACGUCCAUUAUUACCCACGUAUAUACACCUCAUAGCUUCCGCGCUAUUUCCAAUCUACACAGGAGCCCACGCAUCUCUAUCACGGCCUACCUCCGCAGCUAAGCCCACGAAACGUAAAGCCGACCGCAAUGAUGACGAGGACAGCGACGAUGAGGACGAAGAAGAAGAAUACAAGAUGGAGGGCCUAUCUCCAACCGAUGCAAUACUCAUGCCGCUUUUGGCGGGAUGCACACUUGCAGGGCUCUAUUUCUUGAUAAAGUGGCUCGACGAUCCCAAGCUGCUCAAUAAAAUCCUGAAUGGCUAUUUUGCCAUCUUUGCGGUUUUCUCGGUUUCACGAUUAAUUACAGAUGCAUUGGAUAUUGGACACUCGCUCAUAUACCCACACAGGUUCGCUAUAGGAGGUGCACUCUAUCAUGUCGAUGGAAACGAGAAGAAGGCCUUGCCAGUCGAUGGGAGAAUCGAAGGCAACGAAGAAAAGAAAUCUCCACUUCCGGGCUUCUUGAAUCGAAUACCAUUGACGGAGGGCUUUCUAAACAUUCUAUGGAGCGAUCGGGCAAUGCCUAAAAACAAAUGGACGAUACGGAUGUAUAUCCAUCGCGUAUUUGCUGGGAAGGUGCUUCUCGGCGCCCACGGCAUUGUCGGCUUCGCCAUCUCUCUUUGUUCCGUACUCUAUUUCAAUUUUGUGGACAAGCCAUGGUAUUUGACGAAUCUCAUGGGAUUUGGGUUCUCCUAUGGCGCCUUGCAACUGAUGUCGCCCACGACUUUUGGCACUGGAAGCCUGAUCCUGUGUGCACUAUUCUUCUACGAUAUCUACUUUGUUUUCUUUACACCAAUGAUGGUAACAGUAGCGAAGUCACUGGAUGUCCCAAUCAAACUUGUAUUUCCUCGCCCAUCCCCCCCAGAUGCCCCUAGCUCAGCAGCAUCCCAUGCUAUGCUUGGCUUGGGGGAUGUCGUGCUUCCUGGUAUUAUGAUAGGCCUGGCCUUACGCUUCGAUCUUUUCGUCUUCUAUCUUCGCAAGCAGAAACUCGUGAAGCGGGCUGGUGUUGAUGGACAAGACCAUGAAACCGUAGAAAAGGCGAAGUAUUUCUCGCUAGCCGGCAGAUGGAGUGACCACUUCUGGACUCAUUCAUUGUUUGGGCGUCCGCUUUUCAAAUCCUCCAGCACCAGUCGACAGGAACAGCCCUUUACUUUCCCAAAGGUGUACUUCAAGGCCAGUUUGACUGGGUAUAUCCUCGGCAUGCUAGCUACUCUUGGUGUUAUGCAGAUCUGGGGGCAUGCACAGCCAGCCCUACUAUAUCUCGUUCCUGGCGUUCUUGGAAGUUUAUGGCUAACGGCACUCGUGCGUGGCGAGCUUGGCCUGAUGUGGGGGUUCAGCGAAGCUGUGGAAGAAGAGGAGGAAGUGAAAGGGGAGAAGAGUUCUGACUCCGUAACCAAUAGUACUACUGCACCAGAACGUUCGAGUUUCUUUUCCCUCUCCGACAAGAAGGGCCAGGAGCGAGAGGAUCGCAUGAAAAAGGCUUUUAGCAAGCAUUUGAAGGUCGAAAAUGAGAGCGAUGACGAAGUUGAUCAAGAGCCGAGUGGAAAUUCAAAGAAGGAGACUGGGGUACAGGCCACUGUAGGACAUAAGCCCAAGCGAGAAGUCCUCUCGUUCUCGAUUGAGGCCCCGUGGGAUCUCAAGAGCCCGCGGUCUAUCAAGAAGAAGCCUUCUAACGUGCUGGAGUCGGAAAACGCUAAUGGUCAAAAGCAACCAGAAGAUGCGUCGACCGAAGUCGAUCGCACCACAAGUGAGCCUGCUGGCAAACGUGUCAGACGUUCAUGAAUCUGCUUUCCCAUUUGUGGGCACGUGUUAUCUUUGAAGGGAAACAGGCGUUAGACACUGGCUAAACGAUCACGUUAUUAUGAUUAUGGGGGAGCUAUACGCAUUCAUGGCAUAGCGAUGGAGUACCUCUUGCUCGUUUUAUGGUCGUGGUUGAGCAGAGAAAAGGAAUAUGUAUAAUGUAU